AUGCCCAAAGACAAUCGUGAGACCAUCCCUCAGUCCACGUGCCAGAUGUACCAGAGCUUCAGAGGCAAACAUCAGAUCUUGAAGCAAGCCAAGCCAGCUGGAAAGGGAGGCCAGAAAGCAAACACCCAAAAAGACUUAUAUCCUGUCACCUCACCGCGGAUUCCAUUGGAUAUCCAGAAGCGAGGGCCCCGGUCCGUCCCUUCCCUCUCGCAACCUGGCCCUAUACAUAAUCUCGGGGAAGUCGGACCAUACGACACGUCUGUAACAGUCAUGUUCAGCGCAGAGCAGCUCGUUUCAUCAAGUGCGGACUCUCUGAGGCUGUCGUGCUGUGUAUACCUUCCUACAACGGCUACUUAUCCCGGGCUUCUGAUCCACGAUUCAGUACCUGUGGCUAGCAUUCCACUCAUUGGGGGUGUCGUCAUGUUACAGUUAUACCAUCCCUAUGGUUUUUUUCGGCUCACGGGCUAGCCGUGCUGGCUGGAGUGACCGGCCCAUGAUAAGAGGCUGGCAUGUUCCGCCGGUGCUGUCGUCGUAAUAAACUUGAGGCAGCCUUUUUAGGUCCAGCUUGUAUCG